GCAAUGCGUCACGGGCGGGCGGGGGUGUCCGUAUCCACGCACACAGUCAUAGUAUACACUCACUAUGAUCCUAACGCGCUCCCCCGCCCCGCGUCGCGUCACAUUCAGCGGGGCUGCCCGCGAUACAACUAUUGAUUUCAUCUCUCUCCCUCCCUCCCUCCCUCCUUCUCUCCCUCUCUCUAUCACUUCUUCUCAGCUUUUCCUCAAGUGCUGCAGAGAGACGCGGCUCCCGCUGCUGCUGCAUUGUGAGGAGAGAAAAGAAAGAUCCGCGUUAACGCGUUCAGAUCCCGGACUCGCGUGCAGUCGAUUUCUUUUGGAUGAAGCUGUCCGUCAGAAGGAACUGCACAUCUCCUAUCCACUGCUGUCCAUCUCCACACCUCUCGAACUUCUGAAACUCACUGAUUCCUGACCGCUGCAAUCGCCAGACAGCUGAACUCCACACAGAUGGAGGACCCCUACAGAGACAGGACGUCUCUGUCCAAAGGCGCUCGCGACAUCGCGAAGGAGGCGAAGCGGCACGCCGUCAAGAAGGUCAACAAAGUAGUGGAUCGCGCUUCCGACGAGUACUCCGGCCGCAACUAUAGCCGCUUCGAAAACGACGAAGACGAGGGCGCCGACGAAGACCGUUACUAUUAUCAGGACGGCCGAGCUCAGAGGGAGGAUGACGAGGGCUCCAGCGAUGCCACCGAGGGCCACGACGACGAGGACGAGAUCUACGAGGGCGAGUAUCAGGGCGUGCCGGCGGGGGGCGGGGCCACGGAGGGGCGGGGCCAGCCGCCGCCGGCGGACGGGAUGAAGGACAAGCGAGAGCUGGAGAAGGAGAGGGAGGCGGAUGAGGAGGAGCUGGCUCAGCAGUACGAGCUCAUCAUCCAGGAGUGUGGACACGGACGCUUCCAGUGGCAGCUCUUCUUGGUGCUCGGCCUGGCGCUCAUGUCUGACGGCGUGGAGGUGUUUGUGGUGGGCUUCGUUCUGCCCAGCGCCGAGACUGACAUGUGUGUGCCCAACUCUGGAGCCGGCUGGCUGGGCAGCGUGGUGUAUCUGGGAAUGAUGGUGGGCGCGUUCUUCUGGGGCGGUCUGUCAGAUAAGGUGGGCCGGAGGCAGUGUCUUCUCGUCUGUAUGUCAGUCAACGGCUUCUUCGCCUUCCUGUCGUCCUUCGUUCAGGGCUACAGCACCUUCCUCUUCUGCAGGAUGCUCUCGGGCUUCGGGAUCGGCGGAGCGGUUCCUAUCGUGUUCUCGUACUUUGCCGAGUUUCUGUCCCGUGAGAAGCGCGGCGAGCACCUGAGCUGGCUCUGCAUGUUCUGGAUGGUGGGCGGGAUCUACGCCUCGGCCAUGGCCUGGGCCAUCAUCCCACACUACGGCUGGAGUUUCAGCAUGGGUUCAGCGUAUCAGUUCCACAGCUGGCGUGUGUUUGUGGUCGUCUGUGCUCUGCCCUGCGUCUCUGCGGUCGUGGCGCUCACUUUCAUGCCAGAGAGCCCACGCUUCUACCUGGAGAUGGGAAAGCACGACGAGGCCUGGAUGGUUCUCAAACAGAUUCACGACACGAACAUGCGUGCUCGAGGAGAGCCCGAGAAAGUCUUCACUGUGAACCGUAUCAAGAUCCCCAAGCAGCUGGAUGAGCUGGUGGAGAUGCAGUCGGAGUCGGCAAACCCCGUGGCCAAAGUCUUCUUCAGGAUCAAGAGCGAGCUGCGUGGAAUCUGGCUCACGUUCCUGAAGUGCUGGGAUUACCCCGUCAAGGACAACACUGUGAAGUUGGCCGUGGUUUGGUUCUCGCUGUCGUUCGGGUACUACGGCCUGUCUGUGUGGUUCCCCGACGUGAUAAAGCACCUGCAGGCGGACGAGUACGCGUCUCGUGUGAAGAUCCACAACAACGAGAGGAUCGAAGACUUCACCUUUAACUUCACCCUGGAGAACCAGAUCCAUAAAAACGGAGUGUUUGUUAACGACAGGUUCAUUGGGAUGAAGUUUAAGUCUGUGACUUUCAUCGACUCCACCUUUCAGAGCUGCUACUUUGAAGACGUCAGCUCCAUCGGUUCUUUCUUCAAGAACUGCACCAUCAUUGAAGCGUUCUUCUAUAAUACAGAUAUCGAUGACUCAAAAUUCGUCGGUUCCUCCGUCAUCAACUCCACAUUUGCUCACAACAAGACGGGCUGUCAGAUGACGUUUGAUGACGACUACAGCGCGUACUGGGUGUACUUCAUCAACUUCCUGGGAACGCUGGCCGUGUUGCCUGGCAACAUAGUCUCCGCCCUCCUCAUGGAUAAAGUGGGCCGUCUGAGCAUGUUAGGCGGCUCCAUGGUGUUGUCCGGCAUCAGUUGUUUCUUUCUGUGGUUCGGCACCAGUGAGUCCAUGAUGAUAGCAAUGCUCUGCCUUUAUAACGGACUCAGUAUAUCUGCCUGGAACUCACUGGAUGUGGUGACGGCCGAACUGUAUCCCACAAACAGGAGAGGGACCGGCUUCGGCUUUUGUAAUGCCAUGUGUAAGCUGGCCGCAGUCCUGGGAAACCUGAUAUUCGGGUCGUUGGUGGGCAUCACGAAGUCCAUCCCGAUCCUGCUGGCGUCGUCCGUGCUGGUCGCCGGAGGCCUGGUGGGUCUGCGGCUCCCCGACACCCGCUCCAACGUCCUGAUGUGACCCCGCCGCACCUGUGACCUCCGACCUCCGACCCUGAGUCGCCACGGAAACACGCAGGACACGCUCGGGGUCUUUGCUUUGUCUAUUCAGUUCACGCGUGUCAUUUAUUCAUUCAGAGACGCGCUCUUGUCUUUUUUCGGCGCGCCCGGGUUUAGAUUAAAACUAGAUUUUAAUGCCUUUACUGUACAUUAAACGUUAUGGUUGUUUUGCAGAAAUCUGUUUUUUUUUUUGCGAGCUUUUGACCUAAUCCGGGUGGCCAGAAUUAUUAUUUAAAAUUAUUUAUUGAUAAAAAAUCAGCUUGUUUUACACGUCUAGUUUAGCCGAAGGCAAAAAAAAAAAAAUUCAGGUGAUUUACAUUUUUUUAUUUUAUUUUAUUUUUUUAUUCAUUUUUACUGUUUAUUUUUCUCGAUGCUUUUAAACUCAAACGAGAGUAUAAAAAGGCCAUUUAGAGAUGUAGACAUAGACGAGAACCGCUUUUAUUGUUAGCGCAGGCCCGAUUCUCCACCGAAACACUUCUUUAAAAAGGCGAUAGCGCUUAUCCAGUUUACACUUUCUGCUUUUUCUAAUGAUUUAGCUCGCAGAAGACCACCGACGCGCUUCGACUUCAUUCUGGCCUUUGUGAGCUUCGUCAUCGGUGUGGCCGAAACAGACUUCAUUCGGUGUUCGUCCUUCUCGGUUUAAGGGUUAAAGAGGUCUUGAUAACCCUAGUUCUAGCUGCUACGCGUCCGUGUGCAAACUCUUCCUCUGAAGACUGAAUGGCCUUUGCUUCCUCUCCGUGCCUCCUUCCUCUGAAACCCCCGCCGUCGGCUUCUCGUAGGUUGUAGCGCUCCAUCACGCGGCGGAACCGAGCGCGGGUCCGGUUUCUUCUCUUUCUGCUCCAGCGGGUGGAAACGUGUCGCGUUUCGCCGUUUCAUCACAUUCCGCCGGAAGUAUGACGCGAUACUGUGGAAGCUCGUUUCCUCCACUGAACAAAACAUGUAAAAAGUACGAAUUUUUAUUUUAUUUUAUUAUUAUUAUUAUUAUUUUUUGCAAUUGUGAGGAAUAAAAUCAGAUUCGCCAGUAAAAAAAAAAGUCGCAAUUAUGAUUUUAUUUGUUGCAACUGAGAGUUUAUAUACCACUUUAUAACUUGCGAUUUCAAUUUGAGAUACAAAAUAGACUUUUUUUAAAAAUGUGCGCUUAUAUUACGUAAUUAUAUUCCGUGGCAAUUAUUAAAGAUAUGUCGGAAGUGCGAAUUUAUAUCUUCCAAUUCUGCCUUUAUUUCUGACAUUUGCUAUUGUGGAUGAUUGCGAGGUUAUGUAACGCAAUUUUUAUAUAACGAAUAUUUUUUCAUUCUUGCAAUUCUGAAAUUGUAAUUUGCAUCACGGCAUUUUGCAUAAUUGUGUUUAUAUCUCACAAUUCUGAUCAUAUUUCUUGCAAUUAUUCUCGCAGUUCUGAGUUUUUGCGUCUCAUAAUUCUGACUUUUUUCUUGCAAUUGCAAAAAUCCAAAAAAUUGCAAAAUCAAACAGUCCCUAGAUAAAAUCUUAACGUCCGAAUCUAUAUUGCAUUUUUUUUCUCUGACUUUCUUACUUUAUAGUUUGCGUUAUAUCGUGCAACUCUGACAUUGAGUUUUUACCUCGCGGUUCUGACUAUAUUUCUUGCAGCUGCAGGUUUUUAUCUCAAAAUUCGGACUUUCUUUAUUUUUAUUGCAAUUUCAUAUCCCGCAAAUUCUGGCUUUGUAAUUUGCAUCACGCAGUUCUGACAUUUCUGCAUAAUUGCGUUUAUAUCUCACAAUUCUGACUAUAUUUCUUGCAAUUGUUAUUAAUAAUUGUGAGUUUGCAUCUCAUAAUUCGGACUCUUUUUUUUACUUUUUGCAUUAAACAGUAAACUGAAAUUCUGAAUUCUGACUUUAUUCAGAUUUUGUUCCCUCUCGAAAGAGCUUUUAUCUCGCGACCCUGACUAUAAUUUCUCGGAGCUGCAGGUCUUUAUCUCAAAAUGAGUUCUUUACGUUUUUAAUCGCGCGCGUCCCGUCUUUGUAAUUCGCCGUCGUGACGUUGCAUCGCGUCAUUACGAAGUCAGACCCGCGGGCGCCUUCUUUUUAUUCGCCGGUGGAAACGUGCUUUCACGUGAUACGGCCGCAUCGUAGAAAAUAAAAAAAAAGCCAUUGAGCCUGGUCUGAUCUCGACGCUGCUGCACUGAAGUACACUAAACACCAGAAACAUGCUCCGCACAAGUACGCCAGUCAAUGCUGAGACAGCUCAGAUCAAGUCUGCGUUCACGUACUUGCGUACAGACGUGUUUCCGGCCUAAUUUAAAGAUGUUUUAUCGCGCGUGUGUGUCGGGGAAGCAAAGAUAAACCCGUUUCGAACAACAUUUGCUGUACACGUCUAAACGUUGUAAAGUGUUGCCUGUUGAGUUGAGACUUUUAUUUUUCAUUGUCAGAUGUGUACGUGUAGAUAUCUUACGCGAGCAUUAUUUCCCGUCUGUAGAUGUUUCUUUCGGCUGGUUGUGUGAUUGUCGGGGUGUUAUUUGAGCUAACGAGAUCAUUCAGCGCCAUGCAGGUGUGAACAAAUGGAGUUCGGUUUGGUGCAUCUGCCUUGUUUUCAUUGAUCUCUGGACAAAUUCGAGCGGCCUAUCUGAAAAAUACACACGAAGCGUGAUGUCUUGUGGUUAAAUACACCCGUGCAUGUGCAUAUUGAGACUUUGUGUUGCAGUGGUUUUGUCUGUCGUGCUUUCGCCCAUGAGUUUCUUUUUUUUUCCGAUUUGAAAGAUGAAUGUAUAAUUAUCGUGAGCGCGUGACGUCUUUCUGAACUGGGUUUUGAUUGGUUGUGGAUCUGGCAUGCCAACGACACGUCCGCCGUCAAAUUCAUUUUUGUCAAAGUGUCUGUGACGUCACUGGCCAAAUAUCUCUGAUAUAUCUGAUUUUAUUUUGAAAAGAGAGAAAAAGUGCCAUGUACAGUGUGAACGGAAACUGAGGUGGAUUCGGUUUGGAUCCAGAUGUACUGCUAUUAAAGAGUUUCAUUAUAAGACUCUA